CGUGGCCUGGUCGCGAUGGCGCCCACCAUCCAGACGCAGGCCCAGCGGGAAGACGGCCACAGGCCCAACUCCCACCGGACGCUGCCUGAGAGGUCUGGAGUGGUCUGCCGAGUCAAAUACUGUAACAGCCUUCCUGACAUCCCAUUUGACCCCAAGUUCAUCACCUACCCCUUCGACCAGAACAGGUUUGUUCAGUACAAAGCAACUUCCUUGGAGAAACAGCACAAACAUGACCUCCUGACUGAGCCAGACCUGGGGGUCACCAUUGAUCUCAUCAACCCUGACACCUACCGAAUUGAUCCCAACGUUCUUCUGGAUCCAGCCGAUGAGAAGCUUUUGGAAGAAGAGAUCCAGGCUCCCACCAGCUCCAAGAGAUCCCAGCAGCAUGCCAAGGUGGUGCCGUGGAUGCGGAAGACAGAGUACAUCUCCACUGAGUUUAACAGAUACGGCAUCUCUAAUGAGAAGCCGGAGGUCAAGAUUGGGGUUUCUGUGAAACAGCAGUUCACAGAGGAAGAAAUCUACAAAGACAGGGACAGCCAGAUCACAGCCAUUGAGAAGACUUUUGAAGACGCCCAUAAAUCGAUCUCCCAGCACUACAGCAAGCCCCGGGUGACACCAGUGGAGGUCAUGCCCGUCUUCCCAGACUUCAAGAUGUGGAUCAACCCCUGUGCUCAGGUCAUUUUUGACUCAGACCCAGCCCCCAAGGACACGGGCGGGGCGGCCGCACUGGAGAUGAUGUCUCAGGCUAUGAUCAGGGGCAUGAUGGAUGAGGAAGGGAACCAGUUUGUGGCUUAUUUUCUGCCUGUAGAAGAGACGCUGAAGAAAAGAAAGCGGGACCAGGAGGAGGAAAUGGACUACGCACCAGACGAUGUGUACGACUACAAGAUCGCUCGGGAGUACAACUGGAACGUGAAGAACAAGGCCAGCAAGGGCUACGAGGAGAACUACUUCUUCAUCUUCCGAGAGGGUGACGGGGUCUACUACAACGAGCUGGAGACCAGGGUCCGCCUUAGUAAACGCCGAGCCAAGGCCGGGGUUCAGUCAGGCACCAAUGCCCUGCUUGUUGUCAAACACCGCGACAUGAACGAGAAGGAGCUGGAAGCCCAGGAGGCACGCAAGGCCCAGCUGGAAAACCACGAACCGGAAGAAGAGGAAGAGGAGGAGAUGGAGGCUGAAGACAAAGAAGCUGGGGGCUCAGAUGAAGAGCGUGACAAGGGCAGCAGCAGUGAGAAGGAAGGCAGCGAAGAUGAGCACUCCGGCAGCGAGAGUGACCGGGAGGAGGGUGACAGAGAUGAGGCAAGUGACAAGAGCGGCAGUGCUGAGGACGAGAGCAGUGAAGACGAAGCUCGUGCUGCCCGGGACAAAGAGGAGAUUUUCGGUAGUGAUGCUGACUCAGAAGAGGAUGCUGACUCUGAUGCUGAGGACAGAGGGCAGGCCCACAGGGGCAGUGACAAUGACUCGGACAGUGGCAGUGAUGGAGGCCAGCGGAGCCGCAGCCGGAGUGCCAGCCCGUUCCCCAGUGGGAGUGAGCACUCAGCUCAGGAGGACGGCAGCGAAGCUGCGGCUUCUGAUUCCAGCGAGGCGGACAGUGACAGUGACUGACCUCAAGGCCUCCCAGUGGAGCCAGCAGGCCCCAUUCUUAGGGCAGGGAAGCACUUUUCUAGUUGUCUUGUGUCGA